AUGAGGUUCGGUGGUCACGGUCAAGUUUUCUGCCCCGACGAUGAAGGACCCGAGCAGGCACCCGACCGGGAUGACGAGCUCCUAGAUGAUCCUAUCUCCAGAGACGAGCAGGAAACAGAACUGGAAACGGAUUGGCGGAUCCCGAUUCGUGAUUAUAUCGCAAACGGAACCACCCCCAAGGAUCGAUGGCAAGCGCGUAAGCUCAAAGCUCAAAGCGCGAGGUUCUGCAUCAUCGGCGAAGAGCUAUAUAAGAGAUGCAUCUCCGGACCUUAUCUCAGGUGCGUAUAUGGGAAUGAAACCCAUAGCAUCAUGAAAGAGGCUCACGAGGGUCCCUGUGGGAAUCAUUCCGGAGGGCGAUCAUUGGCCCUCAGAAUAAAACGGCAGGGAUAUUUCUGGCCAACCAUGCUCGCGGACUGCGACGAGCACGCCAAAAAGUGUGACCCUUGCCAACGUCAUGCACCCAUGAUCAACCAGCCCGCUGAGCUGAUGAGCUCGGUUUCCGCUCCGUACCCCUUCAUGCGGUGGUCAAUGGACGCUAUCGGACCUCUCGAGCAAUCGGGAAAGUGA